CACCAGGUUGACGUAUGUUGCAGCAAGAGAUGGAUUAUUACCUUCCCUGCUUGCUAUGAUUCAAGUCAAGCGAUUGACCCCUCUACCAUCCAUGCUACUAACUAGCACCAUUGCCAUUAUAAUGGUGAUUCCUCCAGGAUCUAAUUUCAUGAAUCUAGUGGGAUUCUUCAGCUUUGCUGCCUGGCUGUUCUAUGGUGGGUCCUUUGCUGCACUCCUGUGGUUGAGGUACAGAGAGCCUAACAUGCCUCGACCCUAUAAGGUUCCUAUCAUCAUUCCCAUCUUCAUUCUCUGUGCCUCAACAUACCUCGUGAUAAAUAACAGUCCCUCAUAUCCCU